ACAGAAUUCGGUUUGAAAUCUGGAAACGAAUACGGAAAACAGUCACCUGGGCUGUCUGCUAAAGGUAACGUAAAUAAAGAAGGUGAUAUUAACUUCAGGUCAAGGGUUUUUUGAUAGACGUUAAACGGGCCGAGCUUUUAUAACUGAAUCUAUCAAAGGUCAUACGUGUUUCAUUUCUUUCACAGAAAUAGACAUAAUGGGCUCCAGUGCAAUAACCACUAUUACAAUUGGUUUGGCUUUAUUACUAGGUGUAACUUAUUUCAAAUACGAUGAUACUUUGAACCAUUAUCUUACAAGUUUAGGUGUUCCGAAAGAUUAUUUAAAAAUCAUGUUUCCUAAAAUAUAUGAAAAACAAAAUGAUGGGGCUGGGAUGAAUAGUAAAAACAAGCAGAUACUUCUCAGGCCUGAAGAAUUAAAAAAUUAUGAUGGUGGACCAGAUAGUAAAGGACUUUAUUUAGCAAUUUUAGGAGAAAUUUUCGAUGUCGAAAAAGGAGCCCAGCAUUACAGGCCUGGUGGAGGAUAUGCAUUUUUUUCAGGACGUGAUGCAACUCGUGCUUAUAUAACUGGUGAUUUUAGCGAAAAAGGUUUGGUUGAUAAUAUUCUUGAUUUAAAAGAUGAUUCUAUUGCAAGUAUUGAAGACUGGAUAUCUUUUUACAGAGAUGAAUACAAAUUUGUUGGUUACGUGGUUGGUAGAUACUAUAAUGAAAUUGGAGAGCCAACUCAAGAGUUAUUAUCCAUAAAAGAGAAACUUAACCAUGCUAAGAAAAAUAAAUACACAGAGGAGAAAGAAUAUAAUUUCCCACCAUGCAAUUCGGAAUGGAGUAAAGAAAAAGGCAGUAAAGUUUGGUGCACCAAAAAGAGUGGUGGAGUUGAUCGCUCUUGGGUAGGCGUGCCUCGUCAAUUGCACAUAAAAGGCAAAGAUGCUCGAUGUGUCUGUGUGAAAAACCAUGGACCACCUUCAACAAAUCCUGAUUCUGUUGAUCAUCGAGAUCGUGGGGACUUAGAUCAUCCAGAUUUAAAAGAAUAUCCUGGCUGCUCUGCUUCUUCAGAUACUUGCUCAGUUGAUCAUCCAUAAUAUUCCGAUGAUCAUUCACAUCAUUCAACCAUCAUAUCAUUGUUUUAUCUCCUCAAGAUUAUUAAAUGAAGUGAAAUGAGCUCAUCGAAUGUUUAUGAAAGGAGUAACUCCCGUCCAAAUAUUUAACUUUUUAUACUUUAAUGUUGCUUUAAAGUAAGGGUCUUUAACUUUUACUAAUAUUCAAAGUGAUCAAGGAGACUUAGAUCAUUCAGAUUUAAAAGAAUAUUCUAGGUGUUCAGUUUCUUCAGAUACUUGUUCAGUUGUAAAAUAAUAUUCAAAUGAUUGCCCAUUCUAUCGUAUCAUUCUAAUCUCAGUAAAUGAAAAGUUCUAUCAUGUUAUAUGAAGCAAAUAAUCUCCUACCCAAAUAUCCAGCUUGUAAUAGCUUAGCAUAGCCUUAUACAGUGAAACCUUUUGGGAGCAACCACUCUCUGUUCCACUGUGAACUUGUCGUUAAUGGAGGUUGGUCGUUCUUAGGGGUUACCUCCAUUGACUUCAAAAUGUUAUUGAAGGUACAUGAUUUUUCAUAAACGAUUUAAAUUUUAGUCUGAGUUAUUUUCUUGAUGCGAAAAUGACACUUGUGGUGGCAUCAUGAAAACCGGAUCGAUGAUUAAAAUUUACCGUCAAUAAAAAUGAUCUGUACUGAAAUAAUUAUGAAUAAAAACAAAUUUACCAAUUAGAACUAUUUUAAGUAAAUGAGUAAUUAUGUUUUUCAUUUAAGUUUGCAUUUAAUUUUAUAUCAUAAAAAAUAGUUAACUUUAAAAAAUGAAAAGAGGCUUGUUUGUUUGAUAUGCUAGUUUUUUCUAAAAUAACUUUUUUUAAAAAUUUAACUUUCAAUUCUAAAAAUGAAUCAUUAAUAGCAUUGUCUUUAGUGCACUCUGACUGCAACGUUAGGUUGUAGAUCUCUUUCAGAGAUUUCAAAGAGAGCUCUCUAAAUAAGAAUCUCACAUAAAUAUUUUGAACACCUUUUAAUCUACUUAUUUGCUUUGUUAAUAUUUUUAGUUUUGAUAUUUUUUCUUAUUUCCUUAUUUGACUUUUCCCAGCAUUUGGUGCAGAGCUUUGCCCGGUUGCUGGGAGAGGUUUUGAUGGUCUUUCCUAAAGAUUUUUUUCAACACAAAGUUGAUGGAGAAAAUUCCGUGUCUUCCAAAAAUGGUUGUAAAUGGAGGAGGUCGCUACAUAGAGAUGAUCUUUCUUGGAGGUUCCACUGUAGUAGAUUUUUAGUUUUAUUUUUAAUACUGAAGGACCAUAUUAAUACAUUCCUUAAAUUUCUUACAUUCUUCAAAAUAAGCAUGAUUCAGGGCAUAUGAAAUAUAUUGCUAUCUUUUUGGCACAUUACUUUUAAACACACUAGCCUGGAAAUAUCGCAAGUAGGGAAAUAGUGAGUGAAUUUUUCUUUUCUUUCUUUUUUUUAACGGCAGGCAUUGAACUUUUGUUCUUAAGCUCGGAAGAUGCCAGAAGUGUUGUUUAUUUAACAUUACCCAUUGGGCACCUGU